GGCACUGAUUACAUUAUCUCUUUAUGAUAUAAAUCGAAUCAUAUAUUUGUAUUACUCAAACUCUAAACAGUUGUCGCACACCGCUCAAGCAAGUGAAAAAGAAUGCAGUCCCCCCUCUACUUGUUCUCGUUGCUGUUCGUUGUCCAUGUGGGACGACAAGUCCACGGCGCGCCUGACGGUGACGUCGAGGACACCAUGAUCGCAGAGGACGAAGCUAGACCCGUGCUACCCGAUGCCCCUCGGUAUCCCCCGAUCAACAGCGGUGAUAAGAUUGCUCUAAAGAUGUCCUAUACGUCGGGUGAUUUGUCCAAAUUCUGGAUGAAGUGCAGCGACAGAGAGUGUUCUGCUCAUAAAUGCGCCGAGGGCCGCUUGAACAUGAAGUCCAGUAAAUGGUCCUCAUGUGUUACCCUUAUGUACAUCAUCCGUGCGAUCGGCAAGUCGGACGGUCAGCCCAUCAACAGCGGCGACAAGGUCACCAUCUCAUCAGCGCAAGACAUGAACUCCAAGCACAUCGGAUGCGAUUCCAAGGACUCUUACAAGUGCAGAUUCCAAUCCAUCGCUUACCGCAAAUUCAAAGACGACUGGUUCCGCCACAGUCAAGCCAUUUUCCAGAUCUUCUCUCGUGACGGCGAAGAUGGUACCCCAGUAGAGUACGGGGACAUAGUGGGGUUCCGCUACCCUUACUACUACGCGGACCACUGGCUUUCGUAUAAAGACGGUUACUGGUACGCGGAUAAAUGCAGCAACAAGGCCAAGUCAACAUGCGCCAAAAUCAACUCACCCACCGGCUUUCAGAUCUUCAAGCCUUACAAGGCUUAGAGCGGUGCUGGAACCUUGACGCCACGUUUAAGAUAAUUUAGUAAUAAACAUAUAGGUAUGAUAAGGGGUUUAAGACUUGAUGUAACGCUGCCGAAAUAUUAAUAAACUGAACGUUAAUGUCUCA